GCAUAUUGUACACAUCUUCGGCGGGUCCAUAAAUGAACCGCCAACUCAUUUGCUUGCCUUCCGGACUUUAUCCCCCUUCCUUAAAACGAGCCAAAAGACCUAAUGUGACAGCGGCAUAGUGGCAUGGCUUGUCCUAAGCUUGGACUCGGCUUUUUGCCGUUAUUAUGGUCGUUAUUUGCUGGAGUAAUGUUGGCAGUUUGUUAUACUAUCGCCACAUCGAAAGGUCACGUUUAUCCGUAUGUUCCAGCCAUCAGCGAUACAGGUCUUUUUUACCCGGAGAGCUCUAUAUUCUCCGAAUCCUUCAACUUCAUCGCAUACUCAGUUCUUGUAUUGAUGAUGAUUCGCUAUUUUCAAGUCCGCCAGAUUCUGGCAUCGGGGACAGUUCAAGACGGCAAAGAAGGGAUUCUCACUAAACUCAACAAAGCUUCCCUCGUAGUAGGGACGCUAAGUGCAUUUGGGGCGACGCUUGUUGGAAAUUUUAAAUCCGAAAGGAAACACACGACGAUGAUGUUUUUCCAUGACGCUGGGAGCAUCUUGCUGUUCGCCGCUGGUUCUUGCUAUUUCUGGAUUCAUGUUGUUCUCACUCACCACUUAGUCAAAAUCGGCUACAACUCCUGCUGCAUGUUCGCCAUUCGCUUCGCGCUGACCGUCCUCUGUAGUGUCUGUGGGCUUACGUUCUUCCUCGCCGAGAUCUAUGGCUACCGCGCGUUCCUGGCCAGCGGUUCUACCCACACCAUUCAGCAGUGGAAGCCUGGUGACGCCGGCUACGAGCUGCACGUGGUCAGCAACGUCGCCGAGUGGGUCGCGGGCGCGUCGUUCACCAUUUACAUAUCCACUUUUUACUCGGAAUUCCAGCGGCUGUCCUUGGAAGUCACGUGUCAGAUAGAUGACCCCUUGAUGUCCAGUAGGGGCAGCACUGCAAAGUAUUCGACGUUCGGUCGAAUAAAUGGAGAGAAUGAAGGGGAUAGCGAUUAAAGCCGCAUUAUCACCAGUUUACUUCCGGUCGAUUACCUAACAA